CUAGUCAGUCUAAUGGCCGACUGGUACACACGUGGCAGCGUGGUAAAACGAUUCCUUACAAAGGGCUGCUCGUCUAGUUGAUUAUUGGAAUAUUCAUUGGUUGUCACUUUGGUUAACUCAAGUCUUUUGAAGAAGUGACGUUUUAAAUUCUGAAUUCCAGUACUGGAGCACCCCUUCCCCCUCAGCUAGUGUAUCGUUGAAUGGACUGGAGCUUGAAGCUCAAGUGUUGCGCUUUUGCGAUCGCAUCAGUGACACUUGGUCUUAGUGCAGUGUACGUCCAACAACGUGCAACUUUAAGUCGAAAGAGAAGGAAAAAUAUCUACAAGAUUAUAAUGGCAGCAGCAGCAGGCGCAGAAAUCGACUGUUCUGUUAAUUCGGUUUCGCAGCUUGUCUCUACAAUGGAACAGCUUAAAGUGGUUCAACAGCCUGCGAAAUCGCCACUAACUGGUGAAGAAGCUGAGAUCCCGGACCGCGAUUCAGCUAAUCACAGCCCUUCUGACUUCUUGACAGGAAAUUUACAUUCGGAUUCACACAGCGAGAGUUCUAAUGACAGUGGCAAAGGCGGCUCGGAUUGUGCUAACACCAAUGGUGUGUCGUCACGCUUCGACGUGAUUACACCACCGUUGUCGCCUCAUCAUCCAACGGCCACGUUAGUCCACCUUCCUGAACGACUGUUUGUGUACGAAUUUGAAAUACCACAUGCUCUGGUGGGUUUGGUGAUUGGGAAAUUUGGAGCUUUUGUUAAUCAAAUCAAGGCCAAAACGGGUGCAAGUUUGGUGAUAAAAGAUCGCGAUCGGCGCAACAAACUUUGCGCUAUUGAAGGCACGAAGAACGAAAUUGAUGCUGCCCUAGUGUUAAUACGCGCAAAAUUUCCAACGAAACGCUACCCUAAUAUUACUAUGGCACAGAUAAACGUAGCCCCAGAAACAGCCGCGAUUCAACCCGUUUUGCCCGAUUCCAUCCAGUUGCUGCUUCCUCCUGAAGUGAGUUGCGAAGUGAUGAUCAGUGCCGUCGUGUCACCAAACCAUAUUUUCGUUCAACAAAUAACUCACCCGACUUACCCAUCACUAGCGCGACUCGAUUACUGCAUGGCACAGUGUUACAACGAUUUCGUCACACCAGGCCUUCCUCUACCUAUUCAACCAAGCGUGGUUUGUGCAGCUCCUUCCAUGGACGGCUGGUACAGAGCCAAAGUUGUAGCCGUUUACCCGAGGGCGUCUCGUGUAGCUGUAACUGAGAACGAUGAAAAACCAGAAGUAACAGGAGAAGUUGAUUACACUGCAAACACGGUAGCGGUUUUUGAUCCAGAAUUGGAAAUCCCCGAAAGCGAAGACGAAUAUGAAGUAGACAUUUGUUUUGUUGACUACGGUGGCUACAGCAGAGUGCCGGCUUCGUCUCUACGUCAAAUACGUGCAGACUUCAUGACGCUACCUUUCCAAGCCAUCGAAUGUCUGUUAGCAAAUGUCGCCCCAGUGUCAGAAGUAGAAGGUUGGACGACGGAAGCUUACGACGAAUUGGAAAGUUUGACGAGAGACAGAAUGCUCCAGGUCCAGGCCAUGGCUUACAGUCUGGAAGGUUUGCCGCUGGUCUACCUGUAUCAGAUGGAUCCGGCAGAGGAAACGCUCAUUAAUAGACAGCUGGUCAACAGAGGAGUGGCUCAGUGGGUCGAACCUCAACUGGUCUCCAAUUAGCUUAAAUUGAAAAGACACGAACCGUCACGUUAAAUCCCGUAACAUAUAUUUUUUUUUUAUUAUUUACGUAUAAGCGCACUUUCGAUGCAUUCAGGGUUUCGGCCGUCAGGUUUACUAAUUAUUAUUAUUACCAUACUAAUGUCUUGCGAGCGUUUGUUCAGGAUCUUGAUAUUUUGGAUUUUUUUCUCCCCAAAUUGCAUAUUAAUCCGGACCAAGUUGAAUCAUCAUUUACGAACAGACUUUAUUGUUGAAAAGUCCUGAUUCUUAAGUAUCUAUAUAUUUUUUUUUUUUCUUUUGUUCGGGCUGCUCAUUCGAACCUGUUACGUUCACCUAGUUAUCAACUUCCACCACAACAGCCUCUGUCUUUUGCUGUUGGUAGAUCAAACCAACAAUUUGGUUCAAAUCAGAAAGACUUGUGAAACAUUGGGUGAUUACUAGCUCUCUUGUCUCUCCACCCAUUUACUUUUUUUUGCCACCUCGAAGAUUUAAACCACUUUUCAAUCAUCGAAUAGGAAACAUUUUCAUUUGAAUCCAUUUAGACAUCCCCGUCCCUCACCCAUGCGGCUUUUUUCUAUAGUGCCUCCGAGGGCGUGAAUGUUUGAUGGUCCAAGAAUCCGUUGGCUGUUUCGUGUAAAUAUAAACCGUAUGCCUUAGUUUAUUUACUCGGGUUUUUUUUUUUUUUUCCCCUUUGAAAUUUUUCUUGAUUAGUAGACAGAAUAAGAAGAAACCAGAGAUUAGCUGAUGUGGAUGUGUGAAUCCAAGUCUUACGAAACAUUCGAAAUCCUCACUUGUAAUUUCCUGCAGUUCUCUCCAAAUUGAUGACCCUGUGCUGCUUGCCCUAUACUUUUCUCUUACCGUUCUAAAUCCUGACAGUCUCGUAUCCUGUGUAUGUUCCUCUGCCAAUGAACGGACUUUGGUUGAUA